CGUUCGGCAGCGGACAGGCAUGUGGAUGACGCCAGGAGCGCUUCGACUCAUCCCGAGCACCUCAGGACGGUGGUGAACGGGUAGCGCCGAUCGCAGCAGCGUCAAGUGCCGAACGAUUUGGCGCUCAGCCAGCUCGCGCAGUAAGGUUCCCGAUCAGCCGCAGCCAUGCCAUCCACCAAGAAAGGGUCAAAGAAGUCCUCCAAGAAGCAGGGAAGCAGCGUCUUCUCCUCGUUCACGCAGCAGCAGGUAACCGAGUUCAAGGAGGGCUUCUCCAUCAUGGACGCCGACCGCGACGGCCUGCUGAACAAGUCGGACGUCCGAAACGCCUUCGACAUCAUCGGCAAGAUCGUCUCCGAGAAGGACCUGGACGACAUGUUGAACGACGCUCCGGGCCCCAUCAGCUUCACCAUGUUCGUCAACAUGUUCGCCGAGCGUCAGUCGGGCCCCACCGACGACGACGAGACGAUCUUGAAGGCCUUCAAGGCGUUCGACAACGGCGACGGCAAGGUCGACUCUGAGCAGUUCCGCGGCCAGCUGAUGUCGUUUGGCGACAAGAUGACUGGCAAGGAGGUGGACGAGGUGUUUGCCGAGAUGGAGUUUGACGACGACAACAACAUCGAGCUGGAGCCGCUGAUCGAGAUGAUUGUCGGAAAGACGGAAGAGGAAGCGGCGGCCACGCAGGAGGCCGCGCCAGCCGAGUAGACCAAGUGGACCGUUCGGCUGUCACUUCAGCUCCAAUCGCCGCUGGGCGGCUGUGGCGACUCUUCAUGCCGGCCGGGACAUCUUCAAUUCUCCGCUCCUCGGGACGGUUCGGGUCGGAGCAGCGGCGGGCCCGAGGUGCUCCGGGUCCUGCUCUGUGACUCCGUACCCCCGAACCGUACCGCACCGUACCGCUGAGGUACCUCCGAGGAGCGGAGUGCUCGCGUUAGGAGAGGCAGCGUACCCCGCCGGCUCUCACCGGGUCGCCAGUUCCAUUUCGCCGCCCUCUCCGCCCUGUCAUGACCGACUCUCGCCAAAUAAACUGUAAUGACGA